GUUUUCACUUUUGGUUCAGUACCCUUGAAGACUUACCUUCCUGAUGGUGACAUUGAUUUAACUGCCUUCAGUAAUAAUCAAACUUUGAAAGAUACAUGGGCUUAUCAGGUUAGAGAUAUGUUAGAGGAGGAGGAGAAAAAUGAAAAUGCUGAAUUUCGUGUCAAGGAGGUUCAAUACAUUCAAGCUGAAGUAUGUCUUCUACACAACCUCCAUUUAAUUUAGCAUUUGCAUUUAAUGUGCUUUUAGUUUUGUUGCCGAGGGUCUAUCGGAAACAACCUCUCUACCUUCACAAUAUAGGGCAAGGCUGCAUACACCCCACCUUCCUCAGACCCCACUUGUAGGAUUACACUAGUGAUUGGAAUUAUAUCCUGGUGGCAGAGUUAAGGUGUGUUAGAGAGCUCUGUUCAGGUUUCGUCCAAUUUUGAGAACAAUGGAUGGGUGAAAAUAGUUUCUUUUGUUGUUUAUAUUUAACCUGAAUGGUAUCUGCAUUCUCUGGGCCUUAAAGGAAUAUUUUAGAGGAAAUGAAGUCUACCAUGAUAUCUAUAUAUUCUCAUUUUCUUCUGCCUGUUGAGAAUAAAAACAAUGUCAUGCUGAAAGAAUUUCCUUUUUCUCUUAUCAAUUUGAUAACAGAAAGUCAAAGAAUUGAUUGCAUUGUUCAAAUAUCUUUCUUUCACAUGAUGGUUUGUUAUCAUGGUAAACUUACCAUUCAUCAAGAUCCUAAGUCACACUACGAUGGUUUGGGAGAGGGGGCUGGAGUUGAGGGUCAGGAGGAUCGUGACUAUGUCUGUGAACCAAUCUGGAUUUAUGCCAGGUUGCUCAACCACAGUAGCCAUUCAUCUCGUAAGGAAACUGGUGGAGCAGUAUAAGGAGAGGAAAGAUUUACAUGGUGUUCAUCUCCCUAGAAAAGGCUUAUGACAAAGUCCCCAGGGAGGUUCUAUGGAGGUGCUUGGAGUGAGAGGGAGAGGGAGAGGUAGACGAAAGAAGUAUUGAGGAGAAGUGAUUAGAUAGUACAUGACAAAGUUGCAGCCAACUAAUGAUGUGACCUUAGAUAGGAAGGUAUGAAGGAUACGAAUAAGGGUAGAAGGUUAGUAGGUAGGAUUACAUCCAUACUAGUAGGUAGGAGUGCAUUGUCUUGUUGCCCUUACUAGUAGUUGUAGUACUACACUUGUAGUUUGUUGUUCUUCGGUUCUUGUUAAUAUUUGUUGUUUCAUGUAGUUAAAUUAUGAUAUUAUUUAGUUGUAGUACUAUCUGCUAGUAUCUGUUGUUUUUAUUAUCAUCUAUUGUCUCUUGUACUUCCAUAAUGCCUUUUUCUAAACUGUUUUUGUUUUGAGCUGAGGGUCUAUCGGAGACAACCUCUCUACUUCACUCUGAGUAGAGGUAAGGUCUGCGUACACUCUACCCUCCCCAAACCCCACUUGAUUUUUUCAAUCAAAAAAUCCUUCUCAAUUUUAUUACUCCCUCCGUCCCAUUUUAUGUGACAACAUUUGACCCGGCACGGAGUUUAAGAAAUAAUGAAGACUUUGAAAUGUUUACCAAAUUGCCCUUCAAAAAAGUAAACUCACCUUUCUCUCUCCUCAUAAAAGUAUUAGAGUACUUAAGUGGGACCAACAAGGGUAAAAGAGGAAUUGUACCUUUAAAUAUUUAUCAUAUUAAGGAAAUGUGACAUUUUUUUUUGGGACUGACCAAAAAGAAAUGGUGGCACAUAAAAUGGGACGGAGGGAGUAAUUAAUAAUAAUUAUAACAACAACUAUGAGUAUAUGUAAACCCCCAAGAUAAAUUUGUGGGACUACACUAGGUAUGUUGUUGUACGCUUGUACCAUUCGUCAAGACAUAUUUCAUUGGUCAAAUGUCUUGUCUGUGACUCUCUUUAGAUCUCAUAUGUUAAGAGUUGUAGAUUUAGUGAAACAUUUUACUCUUGCAUUUAUUUAAGACUCAUCUGUGCUGCCUGAUUGCUAAUUAGCGUGGCAUAUGUAUUUCUGGAUUGAGGUGUUCAGUAUCAAGAGCAGGAAACUGAAAACUUGUAUUCCUUCAUCGGCUUAGUUCAUUGCUUUAAAAAUGAUGAGAGAUGAUACAGAAAAAAGAAUGAUCAAAGAUGUCAUUUGCAAUUUGUUAUAGUGUUAUUUAUGUGCGUUGGUGUAAGGGCGUCUUAUUUACCCCCUUGUUCUGUUUGUUAGUCUGUCUGUUUGUCUAGCGCUGUUAAUGGGAUCUUCUUGAGCUAGCUGGAGGGCUUCUGUAUCCUGCAGUUACUGUAUCCUACUGUUUUUGGAUCUUUCUGAUUGGGGUCUUUGAGUGUAAUUUUAUUUUUCACUGAUGUAAGCUUCAUAUUUUUGGUAACACCUGGCACUAUAUAUGCUAUUUCUUGCGCCUUGGGGACUUUCUCAGGGAAAUGGCAUAUUGGUUUCUGUGGUGUUUUUGCAAGUUUUGAGUUAUUUCCCUCAAUUUACAGUUUCACCUGUCGAGGAUUUAUCAUAAACAACCUCUACCCUAGAAAAGUAGGGGUAAGGUCUGCGUACAUCCUACCCUCCUGGCCUCCCAGACCCUUGUGGGACUACACUGGAUUAGUUGUUGUACUUAACACUUCUACAGGGGGAUGAACUUGGUUAAUGAGUAUAUUAUAGGGUUGAGGAAGAGGCUUUUUUUAUUUGAGUUAUUGAAAUGUCAUUAGGAUUAGUAGCUAAUAUUUUAACAUGAACAGUCAAUCAUUUAUUUAUAGUGUUGUGUUAUUAUGAUACUUGGAGUAGCCAAUUGCUGCUUAAGUUUGGUUGUUAUACUUCACAUUUCUUCAUUUGUGUUCCUGUGCACCAUAACCGUUUAUAUUCUUUAUUUUUGUGUGCACUCACCUUUCAUUGUUCUCUUCCCCUUUUCUAUUGAAGGUGAAGUUAAUAAAAUGUUUAGUUGAAAAUAUUGUGGUUGACAUAUCUUUCAAUCAGCUAGGCGGUUUGUGUACCCUUUGCUUCCUUGAGGAGGUCGAUCAUCUGAUAAACCAGAAUCAUUUAUUCAAGCGCAGCAUUAUUUUGAUUAAGGCAUGGUGUUAUUACGAGAGCCGUUUACUGGGUGCUCAUCACGGUCUUAUUUCAACUUAUGCUUUGGAAACCUUAGUUCUUUAUAUAUUUCACAUGUUCAACAAUUCGUUUGCUGGGCCGCUUGAGGUUCUGUAUCGCUUCUUGGAGUUCUUCAGCAACUUUGACUGGGACAACUUUUGUGUUAGCUUGUGGGGACCUGUGCCAAUUAGUUCGCUUCCUGAUGUCACUGCGGAACCUCCUCGAAAGGAUAGUGGCGAAUUGCUCCUCAGCAAAUUGUUUCUUGACGCCUGUAGCUCUGUAUAUGCUGUUUUCCCUGCUGGCCAGGAAAACCAAGGACAACCAUUUAUGUCUAAGCAUUUUAAUGUGAUUGAUCCUUUACGAGUAAACAACAACCUUGGCCGCAGUGUGAGUAAAGGUAACUUCUAUAGGAUACGGAGUGCAUUUGGAUUUGGUGCCAAACGACUGGCAAGAUUACUGGACUGCCCCGAAGAAAAUGUCAUUCAUGAAGUAAAUCAGUUCUUUAUGAAUACAUGGGACAGGCAUGGCAGUGGUCAAAGGCCAGAUGCACCUGGGGCUGAGUUGUGCCCGAGAUUGGCAUCACUGGAUGACCUACCUGACUCCGAGUACUUGAGGGUCAACUCUGGUGAGAAAAAGGUGAAUGAAAAAUCUUCUGGUCAUGGUGUUGAGGUGGAAGGAACUGGAUCGCGGAUUGUUUCCUCUCAACAUGGUAAUCAUUUAGCUGGAAGCUUCUCUAGAAUGAAUGAUUCAGCUGAAUCCUCUUAUACCGAGAGCCAAAAGAGUUAUGGAAAUUUGAGCACCUCAAGGGGAUCUGAUCAAACGAAAAAGGAGGUCACUUCCACUCAGGUUGUACGUUCUGAUAAAAGUCACAGAAAUUUGAGAUCUGAUCAAACAGUGAACGAGACACAGGGUAAGUUUGUUUUUGCUAGAACACGGUCUAGUCCUGAACUGACGGACACAUAUGGUGAAGUUACUUCUCAAGGAAAGCAUGGCAAUACUCCAGAGACUGCAAAAAUGCAACCUACUCCAUUGAGGCAGGAUGGCAGGAACUGGAGGAAGAAUCAAGGAUCUGAAAAUUUAGCAAGUCAGAGUGGUCGAUCUCUAAACAAUGAUGCAUCAUCUAUCAGACAUUUUCCAUCUCAUCAAAGUCUUGAUGCCGUCGCUGACUCCAACAGUAGAUCAAAUAGCUUUAACCAAGAUGCAGGUUUAGAUGCUCCGAAUGAAGAGUUCUCAUUCACGGGUGGUACACAGGGGAUGCAUCAGGAUGAGCAAGAUCUUGUGAACCUGAUGGCAUCGACUUCACUCCACAGUUUUAAUGGACAAGUUCAUUUGCCAUUUAAUUGGGCUUCAGCUCAACUGCCUUUCCCUAUCUCACCUUCUGUUCUGGCUUCAAUGGGAUAUAAUCAACGAAAUUUUCCGGGAUUAGUUUCAGCUAAUUUUCCUGUGAUUGAUCCUGCAUCUUCCAAUAUGCAAUUUCCUCAUGGUAUGAUUGCGCCCCACUUAAAUCAUUACAUCCCAGGUCUUGGGUUGAGUCCAUCUUCUGAAGAUACAAUUGACCGGAAUAGUGAAAACUUUAGUUCUAUGGAUAUGAACUCAGGUGAGGUGAUCAAAGACAUCUGGCAUGAGCCAGAUGCAGGCUCCACCGUCGAAUUUGACCCAGAAAAUGGAAAUUAUGAAGCACCUCAAUGUGAUCAUAAGCCACAUGCAAUCCAGUCAGGUUUUGAUUUUGUUCCUUCCUCUUGGGUGAGUAGCUCUAGUACUAGAGCUCAGCAGAAGCAUACAAAGGAAAAACGUGGGCCAAUCAAGGAAGAACAUUCUGAUGAUAUUCAGUUUCAGGAUAACAGAAUGAGGGAUGUUUAUGCUGAAGAAAGAUGGGCAAGUUCAAGGUUCUCAACCACUGCUCACAGUAGUUCUGUGAGAAGCAAAACCUCUUCUGAGAGUUCUUGGGAUGGUUCUUCUUCUAAAAGUACAAAGUCAACAAGGGGAAGACGGGGAAAUAAAACAGGUGCUGCAGAGCCAACUACUGGUUAUGGAAAAGGUAAGAUGAUGUCUGACCAUAUUUCUAACCAUGCUGAGGAGGAUGAUCAGGAUUGGAACUCCGUGUCAACCCUGGGUACUGAAAUGGCUGAGGGAAGCCAAGUACCUCAAUCUGUUAUUUCCAUGCACAUUGCAAGGCAUCAUCUGCCUGAAUACGAAGGUGCUCAGCCAAGUGGAUCCGACUCAAUAAUGCCCAUUGCACCAAUGCUCAUAGGGCCUGGUUCUCGGCAAAGAAUGACUGAUAAUUCUGGGGUUUUUGCAUUUUAUCCCACCGGACCACCAGUUCCCUUUCUUACAAUGCUCCCAGUAUAUCCUGAUGCAUCAACCAGCCACUUUGGAAGAGAAGAAUGCUUUGAUAAUCGUGAUUUAGGCCACAACCUUGAUCUGUCUGAGGGUCUUGAUCACACUGAAAAUCUGAAUACUUCCCAUGCUAUUAGAGGAGCUACUUCCAUAGAAGCAUCUGGUGGACACAGGUCUGAUAUACUUAACAGUGACUUUGCUAGUCAUUGGCAAAACUUACAAUAUGGACGGUUUUGCCAAAAUCCAAGGCAUCCCGGGCCUCUUGUUUAUCCUUCUCCUGUUAUGGUACCACCUGCAUACUUACAGGGUCGUUUCCCAUGGGAUGGUCCUGGAAGACCGUCGUCAGCCAACAUGAACCUUUUUACUCAGCUGAUGAACUAUGGUCCUCGUGUAUUACCCAUUUCACCGCUACAGUCUGUUGCAAAUAGACCUCCCAAUAUGUUUCAACAAUAUGUGGAUGACAUACCAAGAUAUCGUAGCGGGACAGGAACAUAUUUGCCAAAUCCAAAGGCUUCAGUCAGGGAUCGACACGCUCCUGGUACAAGAAGGGGGAGUUACAACCAUGACAGAAACGAUAAUUAUGGUGAGGGGAACUGGAAUGCAAAUUCAAAAUCCCGUGCUGGUGGUCGCAACUACAACCGCAGCCAAUCUGAGAAAGUAAACUCAAGAUUGGAUCGUCCAGUGUCCAGUGAGAGCCGAACUGACAGGUCAUGGAGCUCCUCUCAUAGACACGACUCCUUCCCUUCAUAUCAGUCCCAAAAUGGUCCAUUGCAUGCAAACUCAAGCCCAAGUGUCCCUCCCAAUAUGGUGUAUGGCAUGUAUCCUCUAUCAUCAAUGAACCCUAGUGCAGCGUCUUCAAAUGGACCUGGUGGCCCUCCAGUUGUAAUGUUUUAUCCAUACGACCAUAAUUCUACUUAUAAUAAUUCACAUGGAGAACAGCUUGAGUUUGGGUCUAUGGGUCCCGUAGGCUUCUCAGGUACAAAUGAACAAGCCCAGCCAGGUGAUGGAAGUCGACCAAAGGGAGCAAUUGAAGAACAGAGAUUUCAUGCAGUCUCUGGGCAACGGUCUUCCCCUGAUCAACCAUCUUCACCUCAUUAUCAAAGAAAGAAGACUGAGAAGUGGUGAUACAAGGAACAGUGGCGAGGCCUGGCAUUUUACUCAUCAUUCUUAGCCUCAUGUCGAAUUGGGCUUUCGUGCACUAGCUUUUUAAUUUUUGCUAGUAAAUGGUGGUCACUCACAUCUUGGUGCCUAGAUUCAACGGAAGAUGUGAAGUCAUGAUUUAGCGGAAGCUGCCCCCUCUUCAACGACAUCAAAGGUGAAAUGUCAUGUAGAUUAUUGACAUAUUGUAACCUCAGUGAAUUUUAGGUGUUCAACUUGUUAUAUUAGUGUUACCAUUGGAAAUCAUUUCCACAGGGAAUGUACAAGAAUUUUGUUUUACAAGAUGACUCUGUAGUAGCUUUUGUUCACUCAGGAUUUCAACAGUGUAGUGGUAUAUGAUUACCAUGGUGAAUUUAUUAGACUAAAGAUUAGAAUUCAUUUCAAUUAUGAUUUCUCUUACAGUUGCUACUA